CUUGUCAGUGGUCUUGUGGACAGCAGAGCAAAAGGUACAGCAGCACAGUGCGUCGAGCGGAGAGAUGGAGGGUGAGCUGGCCGGCUGUGAGCGCCUAUAAACCGGAGAGCAGAGCACCAGAUGAAGAGGGAAUAAAAACCAUGUCUGAUCCUGAAUAAACAUCAUCUUCACGCUAUAAACCGGGAUCCUGUCAGAGAGACACCAGCGUCAUGAAACCAGUCCUGCAUUGAGCCUCUCCUCGGUGGGUUGGCAUGGCCCAGUGAUGAACGGAGCGGUGGUGCCUGGUAGCCCGGAGCUCUCCUCCUCGUGCCCACUGCCAGACUGGCGAGAGUUCUGUGAGCUCCAUGCUCGAGCCUCUGCUGCAGACUUCGCUGACAAGUUCCAGCGCUUCCUGUCGGAGAACCCGUGCUACGACUCGCCCGGCGCUGAUGCCAGCUUCUCACAGCACUUUGCCCACCACUUCUUGGAGUGCUUCUCUGCAGCACUGACCCAGGCCAGGGAGAACCAGGCGUCCUCUCCAGGGGAGGACGGCUCCAACGCAGCACCCAAGUACAGCAUUGUUCCUUUCCUGGGAAUCCAGGGCUGCCCGCUGUCCUACGGUCACGACCUUUACCAGAGACGCAAGGACGCCGGGGCUUCAAGUGAAUCUCUGGACAGCAUGGACAGUGGAGGGGGAGGGAUAGAUGGGGGAGGCAGUGGCACCACCGCCUCCCGAGGCCCCCAGCAGACUCACAAGGUGUCCGCUCUGGGACAGUCUCGCAGCUCUGAGGACGUUUCAGUCAGUCACCCAAAGGCUCGCUUCAAGAAGGGCUUCUCCCUGAGAAACAUGAGCCUGUGUGUGGUGGAUGGGGUGAAGGAGAUGUGGCACAGACGGGCCUCCCCUGAACCCGACGGUCCCUCUGGAGCCAGAAGGCCUAACGGGGGAGGAGGGGGAGGUGGAGGAGGAGGGGAGGCUGCAGGGGGAGAGAAGUGGUCCCAAAAGCUGCGGCUUCCCAGGGGCUCCCAGGGCCACAAGGCUGAGAUGCUGGAGAUCCAGAGGGAGGGAGCGCUGAGAUACAUGGUGGCUGAUGACACAAACUGUAUGGGCGCUGCACAGUGGCAGAAGUGCCGCCUGCUGCUGAGGAAGACAAAGAGGGAUGAAGGAGGCGAGAGGUUCCUGCUGGAGUUCUACGUACCACCCAAGUCCUCAAAGCCCAAAGUGAGCAUCCCUUUGUCAGCCAUUGUGGAGGUGAGGACCACCAUGCCGCUGGAGAUGCCUGACAAGGACAAUACUUUUGUUCUUAAGGUGGAAAACGGUGGAGAGUACAUCCUGGAAACCAUUGACUCGCUGCAGAAAAACUCUUGGGUUGCUGACAUCCAGGACUGCAUAGACCCGGGUGACAGCGGCGAUGACAUCGAGCUGGCGUCAUGUCCUCACGGUCAGGCCUCUAAAGACUGCUCCAUGGUGGCCUCUUGCAGCUGUGAGCUGCUGUCUGAGGGUGUGUAUCGUGCUCCUGAAAGGUCGUGUCCUACAGCCGCAGAGCAUUACAGCGCCCCCUCAGUCCGUUGCAGGGAACCCCCCUUCACCCAGCACCCAUCCCAUAUGCCUUUAGAGCGCUUUCUCCAGUCCCCUGAGGCCCAGGGCUCCAACUCCUCUGCAGGUGGCAUUGAUGGAGCAAAAGAGUCAGAUGGGGAUGCCAGCCUGGCGGGUUACCCAUGGUUCCAUGGUACACUGUCCCGUGUGCGGGCGGCUCAGUUGGUGCUUGCAGGUGGGGCCAGAAGCCACGGGCUCUUUGUGAUUCGUCAGAGUGAGACGCGACCAGGAGAGUACGUCCUCACCUUCAACUUUCAGGGCAAAGCCAAGCACUUGCGUCUGUCGGUGAAUGAGAAUGGGCAGUGCCACGUCCACCACUUGUGGUUCCACACCGUGUCGGACAUGUUGAGACACUUCCACGCCCACCCCAUCCCCCUCGAAUCUGGAGGCUCUGCAGACAUCACAUUACGCUCCUAUGUACAAGUGCAGCGAAGCUCCACUACAGAUGUGACCGUGCCUCCGGUCCUCACCCCUCCCAGGGAUGCAGGCUGCCGGACAGACUCAGCCCAGCCAGCUCUCCACCCUCCUGGAAUCCCAGCGCCUGCAGGGCCUCCUCCUGAUGCCCCGCUCUCCUCGAGCACCUCCUCGUCACCCACUGCCCUUCCCUCCCUCUCCCGCAGUGACCCAGGUACUGGAGGAGGAGUGGGUGGAGGGUUACAGAGCCGGAGCAACAGCUCUGAGCGCCUGCUGGAGGCCUCUAGUGGUGGAUCUGAGGACUACCACGAUGCUGAUGGGACUCGCAGGGCCCGGGCAGUGGAGAACCAGUACUCUUUCUACUAAACACCACAGGGCAGGGUUCAGUCAUGUAUCGGAGGUGACAUGGGACACUGUUCUGGUGAUGAGAACUGUCCAAAUCACUGGAUCACCCACUGUUUUGUUUGAUUGUUUUUAUUUCAAGGCAAUUUCCUGUUUCUCUGAUUUGAGAAGGGAGGUGGUGAGCAGUGUGUCCUCGCUGAUAAAUCCCUCAGGCUCUGCGUCCUCGCUUCAAACUCAGCUGUCAAGAAUGUCAGUGAACAAAGAAACCAAAAGGCCACAUGAGGAAACGGAGAUUGUUAAGAUGGAGCGGUAGAUGAAACAUAGAUGUAGAAACACAACAUGGUGAUAUGAGUGUAGGUGGAGAAAGCAAGAGGAAGUCAUCCAGCGGAGUCAUAUGGCUUUGAUUCAUCGCUUCUGACCACUUCCUGUUCGCCCAUACCCACAUAUCCCUGGAAGCAGAGCCUGUGUUACCACCCCGCUGAAAAUUGAGAGUUUGAAAUGACCCUGAAGAAACAGUCCCUUCCCCAAGAGCUCCUCAGAGCUCCUCUGAGCUCCCGGGAGCAUCCCAUUAAUGUUUGUAAAGCUGCUUUGAGUCUGUCCCGGAUAUCCUCACUGUCCCUGCAGGGUUUCCCUACAAAGUCCUGCCCUGGGUCUCUGCUAACAUCAGUACAGCAAUCAUGGGUGUGUUAGUGUUAGCUCAGAGAUGUUUUUCUUGUGUACAGCCUAAAGGGUCUUAGUGCCUGACAAUUACCUUGGACUUGAACAGACUGUUGCUCAUAGCGACACGGAGGAUGGUGUUGACAUCUCGCAUAAUCACAGAAGCCCAAAAAUCUAUUGCAGGGGAUUCCUUUACUGUCAGUUUCUGCUUAAAACACACUGAACAUGCAUAUCUUUGCAAACUGUUUUGUUCUCACAGUGUUAUCCACACACACACACACACACACACACACACACACACUGGUGGUCAUAUCUUGUGUUAAAAGUCAGUUUAAAAUUGCUGAAACGGAAGUGAAUAUGGCAGGGCGGCUCCCAUUUUGCUGUCAUACCAGGUUAUUUCUAUGAGUGUGUGGUGGUGUAUUAGAGUCCAAAUAUUUUUCAAUGAUCGGUGUGCUACAGUAGUGUUUCUAAAACAUGGUUUUCGAGGUCCCUCCGUCUGGUGCUGGUUCUGUAUCCGAGCUUAUCAUAUCAAUAACCUGUAGAUUAGAUAUGCUGUUAAUAUAGGAGUUCACUUUGAAGUAAUGCCUUGAAGAUAUAAUUAUACCAAAUCCAGCAUUUAGGCUAUUGGAGGGACUGGGGACUUGUUUUUUAGAAAGGUGGUGGUAUUGCGUACUGUUUGUGCGGCCUGGUGUGGACUGGAACGAUACAGACAGUGUGGUAAAGGGCACUAGGUGGCCAUGCUUGGAUGGGAAGAUGUGACAUUGCUGCUUUGCUUUAUGUUGACAAAGUAAUGAGCUUUUUAAGUUAAUGAUCCAAAAGAAAAAUACAGCUCACACAACAAAAUACUCCUGUUACUGUAAGAAAUAACUUAAUGAUCCAAGACAUUCUUUAUAACACAAAAUAUCAGUUAAAAAGAAAUACUUAACCCACAAAUCAACCAUUUGAAUACCAAUUACUCACCCAGUGUUAUGUUGAAUUUGUGCCUCCACAGUGAACGAAGAAUCCAAAAACACAGGAAAUUCCUGAUGAAUUGAAGUAAAUUUGACGUGUUUAACAACAGCUGAACUCUCUCACACAACUUGUGCAGUGUAAUCCAAGUCUCAUUUAUCCUGUUGCGUGGUCAGUACUCUCAAAACGUGGAUUAUUACUAAAACAUUACUAUUUACAAAACUUCUACAUACUAGUAUCGCUCCUGGGCAAGCAUGUCGAUUGAACUCGGCUUGUGCAGCAGAGUUCAAACGUAUGUGCUUACCCCAAGCUCCCAGGAAGUGCACCAGGCUUUGAAGCCAAUUUAACAUAGUGGCCAAAGAGUGGAAUUACACCGGGCCGGUCAUCGCCCAACGGACUUUUCCCCAUAGACUCACAGUGGAAAAGAGAUGUCUGUAAAUCAGUGAUACAUAAUCUGAGCGUCAUAACUUCGUCACAAAAUGACUUGUUUCACUCUUUGGAUUUGAUCCAUUUUGGCUGAUAACAUUUCAAAAGUCUAAAAGAGCCCAGUGAUUAAAUGAUUUAAUCUUCAUUCAAGUUAGCAGAAGCUUAACCAGAGGUGAGCCGCUCGACCAGGAGAAGUUGGUUGUUUAGCUCAGGAAAACCUGUAGUGCACUUGCUCCAUUAGAUGCCGUAGACCCGGGUAAUUUUACACCCGGAAGGGCAAAGUUUUUUUUGGCUUCAUGCGCCACUGAGCUGCUUUGGUAGGAAUAAACAAGGCCCCACCUCCAGCACUGUAUCCAAUUCUCUUUAUACAUCAAUGGCUGUAGCAUGAAUAGCUGCUUGUUCAUGCGUGAGACUGUUUAUGCAAAUGUGUUUUAAAUAAAAAAAUUCCACAUGUUUGGGAAGUACUGGGUGAACCACUGAUAAAUGAGACUUGGAUUAUACUGCACAAGUUGUGUGAGAGUUUGUAGACGGAUGUUUUGAUACAGUUUUGCUGUCGUUAAACACGCCCUUCUUUUACUUAAAUUCACCAAAAAAUCUUUGCCCUUUUUUGGAUUCUUUGUUCAUCAUGGAGGAAAACAAGAAAAGCAGAGUUUUCAUUAUGAAUUCAGCGUAACAAAGAGUGAGUAACUGACAUACAAAUGAUCAUUUUCUGGGUAAAGUAUUCCUUUAAAGUAAAAGUUUGACAUUUUGGAAUGAGAAAUCAAUAUUAAAUUUCUUAGUCCAAAUGUUGUACGGAUUAAACAAAUCAGACAUAACAUGCUCAUUAGUGAGCUUUAGGAGUGCCGGUAGGUGGAUUUUGUUACUUUUGGACAGACUAGCUGAGGCUAGCUGUUUCUUGUCUUUGUGCUAAGCUAAAUUAGCCGAACGCUAGCUGUAGUUUCACAUCUACUGUAUGAAAAUUUGCAUUUCCGAGGAUAUCAAAGGCAUGACCCGUCAUACUCUGCCUCUCAUUGGCUUAUCAUUGCAUUCUUAUCCUAACCCUUACCAGUCCCACUCCUCUUGCCUAAACCUAAUCGAGUAGUGGCUAGUACUAGCCAACCAGUACCAGGGAAGUAGGGCGGGUCCAGCAUUUGCUAUACUAGGAAAUGUGCUUACUGUACAGGUAUCAGAGUGCUUUUAAUCUGCGCGUCCUUCUCAAAAGCAUACUUACCAAAAUGUCACACUUGUUUUGAAGCGUUUAAGGCACAGUGAAAAGCGGGCACCUUUCAGCUACUGUAUUUCAAACAUAUGCAAAACUUUUGUUCAGUUUGAAAAAACAUAUCAAACGUCACCGUCUGUCUUUCCAAGCACGGCCAUUUAACUUCGAAGGUGAAAUUUCAGUUUCAGUCGAGGAGCGGACGGAGCAGUUCAUGUGCCAAUCUGAGUCCUAUUUUUGAAACAUAUUUAUUCCUCAGCCGUUGUAAAUUACAUUUUUCCUAUCAAGUCUUAUUUAUGUACAGUUGAUUGAUUCUUCUUGAUGAAACAUCCUCAGUGGACCCCGUCUGUUGCAAGAGCCCAUCUCACAUAUCACAGAUUGCUCAUGCCUCCCUUUUAUUUUCUUAACACUUCUUAAAAGCUAAAUUUUUCUGUUGUCUGACUGAGUUUUGAAGAGUCUGUGCAAUUUUGUACAAAGUGAUGUACUUGACAUACUACUUUAUAUUUCUGUGAAUAAAAUGUGAACAAACAAUUGCA